AAAUGAGGAAAUGCCAUCUAAUCCUGAACAUGUUAUCACACAGUACAGGAUGGAACCUUUCUCUCCUGCUCUUGUUUCCAGAGCUGAGGGAAGAUUAUACAAGAGGCAAAUCCUCACACAUCCUCGGUCCUAUUUCCGAAUACAAGAUGAAACUCCGGCUUCUCACCUGGGAUGUGAAAGACACGUUACUUCGCUUACGUCUUCCUGUUGGACAGCAAUAUCAGGCCGAAGCCAAGAGGAGAGGGCUUCAGGUAGAUCCAUCUGUACUGGAGGCUUCUUUUCGACAGGUUUAUCGAAGUCAUUGGCAUCUCUUCCCCAACUACGGCCUGUCUCAAGGCAUGACUUCCCAUCAGUGGUGGCUGGAUGUGGUGUCUCAGACCUUUCACCUAUCUGGUGUCCAGGACGAGAGGACUGUACAGCCCUUGGCAGAAAAACUCUAUCAAGAUUUCUGCACUGACAAGUACUGGGAGGUGUUACCGGGUGCCAGGAAAGCUCUCCAAGGUUGUAGCGACUUAGGCCUAAAGAUGGCAGUCAUCUCCAACUUUGACCGCCGAUUGGAGGACGUCUUAAGGAACUGUGACUUAGACAGACAUUUUGAUUUUGUGCUGACUUCUGAGACUGCUGGGUGUGCCAAGCCCAAUUCAGGGAUCUUUCUCAAAGCUUUAAAUCUUGCCAGUGUGUCACCUCAACACUCCGCCCAUAUUGGUGAUGAUUAUAAUAAUGACUAUAAAGGGCCUCAGCAAGUUGGCAUGCUCAGCUUUCUAUUCCAGACAGAAAAUGACCGGCUUAAAGAACGGAUUCCAGAGGAUCAUAUUAUACAUUCUCUAGAUCAGCUUGUUCCUAGGAUUCAGAGAGUUAUGAAAUAAUAUCAUAUAUACUGUUUGUGUGUGUAUAUAUAAUAUAUAUUACAAAAAAAAA